UUGAAAUUUGGCUUUCUGGGCGAUGCUGCAUAAGAGAAUUCAGAUGAUUAUCUCGAAGUGGCGGUCUUCGUGUUCCUUGAUUGCCUUAUUGACGAUGUCGUGGUUGUGGAGUUCUUGUACGGUACGGAGAGUAGCUGGUUGUGAUGGCUUCGACGAGCUCUUCCAACCCACCUGGGCUCCUGAGCACGUCGAGUGCGAAGGGGACCAAACAAAGUUGACUCUUGAUUCUUCUUCUGGUUGUGGGUUCGGGUCCAUGAAGACAUACCUGUUUGGACUGACAACGGUGCAAAUUAAGCUAGUCCAAGGCGAUUCAGCUGGAACAGUAACGGCAUUCUACAUGUCUUCGGAUGCUCCUAACCACGAUGAGCUUGACUUCGAGUUUCUGGGAAACCUAUCCGGAGAACCUUACCUUGUCCAAACCAAUGUUUAUGUCAACGGCACGGGAGAUAGAGAGCAAAGGCACAGUCUUUGGUUCGAUCCUACCUUGGAUUUUCAUACCUACUCUUUGUUCUGGAACCGACGUUUUAUCAUGUUUCUCGUCGACGGAAUUCCUGUAAGAGUAUUCACGAACAAGGAAGAAUCUCGUGGCGUGCCAUAUCCGAAAAGCCAGCCUAUGCGAGUCCGUGGGUCGGUGUGGAACGCUGACGAUUGGGCCACACAAGGAGGACGGGUGAAGACGAACUGGAGCCAUGCGCCUUUCGUCUCUUCGUUUCGGUCCUUUGGCAUCGACGCCUGUGAGCUGUCGCCGGAGACGGACGAUAUCGUGACCAAAUGCAGACAAUUGGGGCAAUAUUGGUGGGACAAGCCGUCGUUCGACGAGAUAGGUCGUCAUCGGAGCCGCCAACUCACGUGGGUUCGCAAGAAGCACUUGGUCUAUGACUAUUGCCAGGACAAACUCAGGUUUUCUGAGCUUCCUAAGGAAUGUGUGGAUUAGCAUGGGCAGGCAUGCAUAUGUUAAGUUUUAUAUGCAAGUUAUUCUUGCUCAUGAACUUUAGCUUUAAUCCCGCGCAGCGUGGAAGCCUAGUAACUAGUGUAACUUUUAAGAUUCAAGGUGUGAUCUCAACCUUGAUCUGA